CCCAAUCUUUGCUGAAAAAAAGAGAGAAAUUUGAAGCACAAAAAUGUCUGACGAGGAACACCAUUUUGAAUCCAAAGCCGACGCCGGCGCCUCUAAAACUUACCCUCAGCAAGCUGGUACCAUUCGUAAGAACGGAUACAUCGUCAUCAAGAACCGUCCCUGCAAGGUUGUGGAAGUUUCCACCUCCAAGACGGGGAAACACGGACACGCUAAGUGUCACUUUGUCGGAAUCGAUAUCUUCACUGGCAAGAAGUUGGAAGAUAUCGUUCCCUCGUCCCAUAACUGCGAUGUUCCGCAUGUGAAUCGUACUGACUACCAGCUGAUCGACAUUUCUGAGGACGGAUUUGUGAGUUUGCUGACUGAUAGUGGAGACACUAAGGAUGAUCUGAGGCUCCCAACUGAUGAGAGCCUGUUGAAACAGAUCAAGGACGGGUUUGCCGAGGGGAAAGACUUGGUCGUGUCUGUUAUGUCGGCAAUGGGGGAGGAGCAGAUCUGUUCUCUCAAGGACAUUGGUCCGAAAUAGUUUGAGACUUGAAUAUCAGUAUGUUAUUGCAAUCUUAAAUGGGAUUAUUUUUAUAAGACUUUUGCUUUUC